AUGAUUGGUGCUACUAAGUGGGCCCUAGUGGCGGCGUGCUUGUUAAGUGUAGUCGGACAAACUGUGUUGGCGCAACAGCUAGGCCAAAGUUGCACGAAUCCUCGCGGUGUAGCAGGGAAAUGCAUAUUACUUCGCGAUUGCCCAUCGUUGGUCGCCAUUCUGCGGCAAUCGGCUCCUACACCAGAUGAUGUAGCCUUUCUCAAAAACUGCCGUUGUGGCGAUGAUAGCAAGAAUGUUAUGGUGUGUUGUCCCAAUCCAUUGCCCUCCUAUCCCCAGUGCGGGACUCACCUUGGGGACCGUAUUUUCGGUGGUCAGGAGACCAAAAUUGAUGAAUAUCCUUGGGCGGCGUUGAUCGAGUAUCAGAAACCAAAUGGUCGCUACGGUUUUCAUUGCGGAGGAUCCUUGAUCAGCGAGCGCUACGUGCUGACCGCUGCUCACUGUAUCAGUUCGAUUCCGCGCAGCUGGAAAGUACACCGGGUGCGGCUGGGCGAAUGGGAUCUACGCACAAACCCCGACUGCAAGGAGGAAGGAAAGACUAAGGAGUGCUACAAUCCAGUGAUCGACAUGGACAUCGAGAAGAUUGUCGUGCACAGUGGCUAUGAUACGCAAGAUAAAAGUCACCUCAACGACAUCGCGCUGAUUCGGUUGGCUCAAGAUGUUUCGUAUUCAGACACAGUGAAGCCUGUCUGCUUACCACUCUCUAGUCCGGCUAUCAACACCAAUCACGUCGGAUUGCCUAGUUAUGCCGUGGGUUGGGGCAAAACGGAGACUGCUACAGCUAGCGAGAAGAAGCUGUAUGUCGAAAUGAAGGUGGUGAGCCUGGAGGAUUGCUCGCCGGUUUACCAGCGUAACAAAAUAUUCCUGAAGCCAACGCAGAUGUGCGCCGGUGGAAAGAAAGGAACGGAUACCUGCAGUGGUGACUCGGGAGGUCCAUUGAUGCGUCGAAUCAGUGGUGGCUGGUACGUGAUAGGUGUAGUGAGCUUUGGACCAUCGAAAUGUGGUACCGAAGGCGUUGCUGGUGUCUAUACCGACGUAUCGAAGUACGCUGAUUGGAUUCGCGAGAAUGUUUACUAG